AUCCUAUCUAUUUUUGGUUGUUAUUCUUUAGCUCUUAUACGGAUGCUUAUUACUCGGCACUCUCUUGUAUUUAUACGGCCGGAUUGGUUCAUGAAUAAACAAGAAAACAGAUCUUAAUUUUACUCUUCUUCUUUAGUAAACCAGCGUACAAAGCAUAAGUUAAUAUGGUAUCAGAGCUUGUGCGUUAAUCCUGGAAUGGCGAGCAAGUCUGGAGCAGUCCGCGGCAGACCGGCAGCAAAUGCACAUGCUGUAGUUGCCUCUGAAGCCGUAACGAAGCCGCAACAUCUUGGCGAAGGCAGUAGCGGUCUGGCCGCCCCUCUACCUGGUUUCACAACCGAGCAAUGGAACUCCUUGAUUUCGGUGUUUGGUAACUCGCUUACUACUAACGAUCGCAUGGCCGGACCGUCCCUCGAGGAGGCUGAUUGGAACGGGUGAACGGAGGAAUGGACUGUAUUACCUACGGGAGGAACCGGUGGCACAUGUAUUGGCAGUAAAAGAAUCUAAAGAUGUUGUAGAACUGUGGCAUCAAAGGUUGGGACAUCCAUCUUCUCAAGUGGUUGAAAAAAUGACUCUCGUAAGUGGUUUGAAGAAUAUUGGAAAUUUUCCUUGUGAUAUUUGUUUGAGAGCUAAGCAGACUAGGGACCCUUUCCCGAUUAGUUUGAAUAAAACUCAAGAUAUUUUUGAGAUGGUACAUUGUGAUUUGUGGGGUCCAUAUAAAACCCCUUCGUCGUGUGGUGCUAGGCAUUUUUUGACUAUUGUUGAUGAUUAUUCUCGUGCCGUUUGGGUCUAUCUGCUGAUUGAUAAAAAGGAAGUUUUCAAAAUGUUUUUUUCUUUCGUUGCUAUGGUGGAACGCCAAUUUUCCAAGAAAAUUUUGCGUGUGAGAAGCGAUAAUGGGACAGAAUUUAAUUGUUUAAAAGAUUUCUUCCGUGGUAGUGGUAUCAUUUUUCAAACUUCUUGUGUUGGCACACCCCAACAAAAUGGACGCGUUGAGCGUAAGCAUAGACAUAUAUUAAAUGUGGCACGUGCAUUGAGAUUUCAAGGGAAUUUACCUAUUUCUUUUUGGGGAGAGUGUGUAUUAACGGCAUCUUAUCUCAUCAAUCGUACACCAUCCGCGAUUCAUGAGUAUAAAACUCCUUAUGAAAUCCUCUUUGGUGUUCCUCCGUGUUAUAAAUCUCUUCGUGUAUUUGGAUGUCUAUGCUACGCAUUUAAUAUGAAAUCCAAGAAUGAUAAGUUUCUCAGUCGAAGCAGAAAAUGUGUAUUUGUGGGAUAUAUUUUUGGGAAGAAGGGAUGGCAUGUGUUCGAUCUAGAGACUCAAGAAUAUUUCGUAUCUCGGGAUGUAAAAUUUUUUGAACAAAUAUUCCCUUAUGCUUCUAAUUCUCCUACGGAUUUUCCUCACCCACCGGAGGAUCCACAGCCGCUCAUAUCUACUGAUUAUAAUGAUCCAUACUCCCUGGGAUACUCUAGUGCUCAUGACGUAGUACAGCCAUCAACUCAAGGGGAGAUUAUGUCACAUGCAGAAGAUACCACUCCCAAUAUGUCCCAGGAUGCACCACUCACUGGUACAAUAGCAGACACACCACAAGUUUCUUCCCUUGAGGAGCCGGCUGUUGACUUAGGCCGUGGUCAACGAACACGCAUGCCUUCUGUUCGUCUAAGAGAUUAUGUCACUCACACCAUUGUCAAAAACAGUCCAUUCCCCGCUUCUCCUGCUCCGUCAUCUUCUUCAGGUACGCCGUUCCCUAUAACUCAUUAUGUUACUUGUGAUUCUUUUUCCUCGAAACAUAAAGCUUAUCUGGCAGCUCUUAAUUCGGUUAUGGAGCCUCGGUCCUUUAAUGAAGCCGUUAAACAUGAUGGAUGGCGCAACGCCAUGCGUGCUGAAAUUCAGGCACUUGAAAAUAAUUCAACUUGGAGUCUUGUUCCUUUACCUCCAGGUAAACGCGCCUUGGGUUGUCAAUGGGUUUAUAAGGUCAAACAUAAAUCUGAUGGUACCAUUGAACGUCUCAAGGCUCGCCUUGUCAUCUUUGGGAAUAGGCAGAUUGCUGGUCUGGAUUAUACUGAAACAUUUGCUCCAGUUGCUAAAAUGGUGACCGUGCGCGCUUUUCUUGCUAUAUCUGCUACUAAGCAUUGGGAAUUACAUCAAAUGGAUGUACAUAAUGCUUUUCUACACGGUGAUUUAAAUGAGGAGGUCUAUAUGACUAUUCCUCCAGGUUAUAAAACUACGGAUUCCACUCUGGUCUGUCGGCUUCAUAAAUCCUUGUAUGGGCUAAAGCAGGCUCCACGGUGCUGGUUUGCAAAAUUAGUCACUGCUCUCAAAAGUUAUGGCUUUCUUCAGUCAUAUGCUGAUUAUUCCUUAUUUACUCUUACUCGAGGGGCUGUCCAACUUAAUGUUCUUGUUUAUGUGGAUGAUCUCCUUAUUUCUGGAAAUGAGGGAAAUGCUAUUGCUCAUUUUAAAUCAUAUCUUAAUGCAUGUUUUCAUAUGAAGGAUUUGGGCACCCUCAAGUAUUUUUUAGGCAUAGAAGUUGCCCGGAGCUCGAGUGGAAUUUUUCUUAAUCAAAGAAAAUAUGCACUUGAUAUUAUUUCUGAAACGGGUCUCUUGGGAGCGAAGCCCGCUUCCUUUCCGAUCGAGCAACAUCAUACACUGGCGACGGCUUCUGGUCCACCCCUUCAGGACCCUGAACCCUAUCGUCGACUUGUUGGACGACUUAUUUAUCUGGCCGUCACCCGUCCAGAUAUCACAUAUUCAGUGCACAUUCUUUCUCAAUUUAUGCAAAAACCCCUUAAUGAUCAUUGGAAUGCUGCUCUGCGAGUUGUUCGGUACCUAAAAGGAUCACCUGGACAAGGAAUUCUUCUUCGCACAGACAGUGAUCUCACUCUAUCUGGUUGGUGUGAUUCGGAUUGGGCGGCUUGUCCUAUUACUCGUCGAUCACUUUCUGGUUGGCUAGUCUUUCUUGGCCAUUCGCCCAUCUCCUGGAAAACAAAGAAACAAUCCACUGUUGCUCGCUCUUCCGCUGAAGCUGAAUACCGUUCUAUGGCUGCCGCAACUUGUGAAUUAAAAUGGCUCAAAGCGUUACUUUUGAGUCUUGGUGUUCAGCAUCCUCAGGCUAUUCCUCUAUACUGUGAUAGUCAAUCUGCUCUUCAUAUUGCUCAGAAUCCUGUGUUUCAUGAGCGCACCAAACACAUCGAGGUUGAUUGUCAUUUUGUUCGUGAUGCUGUUCAAGCCAAGAUUAUUGCUCCCAACUACGUUCCCACUACUAUCCAACUAGCGGACAUUUUUACUAAAGCUCUUGGCAAGACUCAAUUUCAGACUCUCCUACACAAGUUGGGCAUUUUGAAUCCCCAUGCGCCAACUUGAGGGGGGUAUUGGGAGAUAUUAUCUAUUAAAUAUUGGGAGAUAUUUUAUUAAAGUAUAGUUUUUUAUUAUGGGUAGAAUCCUAUCUAUUUUUGGUUGUUAUUCUUUAGCUCUUAUACGGAUGCUUAUUACUCGGC